AUGACAAAUUCUGAAAAUCAAGCUGAUGAAAUAUUAGCAUUACAAUCAAUUUUUGAUAAAAAAUUUCAUUUACUCAAUGAAAAUCAAUAUGAAGUAUUAAUUGAAUUUGAUUUACCUACAUCAUUUACAAUACGAUUGAAAGAUAAAAUAUCUAUUAUUCAACAUUUACCACCAUUAUCUCUUAUAAUUAAUUAUCAUGAUGAAUAUCCAAGUGAUGAUCCACCAUCAUUUAUUCUAUCAUGUUUUUAUUUUUCAAAAAUUGAUUUAGAAAAACUUUGUCGAAAAAUUGAUCAUUUUUUAUUUAUUCCAGGAGAAGUUUGUGUUUAUGAUUGGAUUGUAUUAAUAAAACAAGAAAUAACUAAUGAAUUUAUUAUUCGUACAAAUUUUGAAGAACAAGAAAAUGAUCCAAGAGCAUUAAAUGGUUAUAAUAUUGAAAAUGGUGAAAAAAUUUUUCAAAAUUUAAUUGAUUAUAAUCAAAGACGUGAAGAAGAAUUAUUUCGAAAUCAACUUCAAACAUGUUCCAUUUGUACAGAUAUUAUUCCAGGUUUAGAUUGUAUUCGUCUUCAUCGUUGUGGACAUUUUUAUUGUCGUCCUUGUUUAAAUCAUUAUAUUCGAAUGACAUUUGACAAUGGAAAAUUUGGAGAAAAUCUUCAUUGUCCACAGGAUCAUUGUAAACAAGUUUUACUUCCAACAGAAAUAAAACAAACUAUUCAAAAUGAAGAAUUAUAUGAAAGAUAUGAACGAUUAACAUUAAAACAUGGACUUGAAUCAAUGAAGGAUAUCGUUUGGUGUCCAAGAUGUCAAUCACCUGUUAUUAGUGGUCCUGAUGAUGAUAAUUUAGCUAUAUGUGAUCGAUGUCGUUAUACAUUUUGUAAAAAAUGUUAUGAAACAUUUCAUUCUCAAGCAAUGUGUCCUAAAGAUUAUUUAAUUGAACAAAUGAAAUUACAAAAACAAAAAGAACUUGAACGACUUCAACGAGAAAAAGAAGCUGCAUUAGCGCAAUUCACUAAAACUAAAGCACAUAAAAAAUCCUUGCAAGAACAAAAUAUUGCUACGCAAAGAUAUCGUAAAAUUAUUAUUAAACUAUCUGAACAAAAUAGCCUAUUACAAGAAAUAUUAACUGCUGAACGAAUUAAUUCACAAGGUAUUCAAUAUUGCCCUCAAUGUCAUAUAGCAAUCGAAAAAAAUGGUGGUUGUUCACACAUGCAUUGUACACGAUGUAAUUUCGAUUUUACUUGGCAAAUAACACAAGAACCAAUAACAACAAUUAUUACUCCAUAUUUAGAAAAUGAAGAUUUUACAGAAGUUGAAUCUAUAAAAGAAGAAUUCAACAAAGCAGCAUAUUUAGUUGAAACUUCUGUACACGAAAAAGCAGAACAAAAUGAAGAGAUACCUUCUGAUCAAGCUCACGAACGAGAACAAGAAGAAAACGACGAAGAUUUGAAAAUUUCAAUUGAUAAUAAAUCGGUUAUUGGCUCGGCUAUACUUAACCGAGUGGCAAAAUGUCCCAAUAAAUCGUGUAAAAAAAUCAAUGUAAAGAUUACUCAAGAUAAUUGGAUAAUAUGCAGUGCAUGUAUGAAACAAUUUUGUUUUUUAUGUGGAUGUGGAGUGAAAACAUCAGAACAUUUUGGAAAAAAAUGUUUACGAACCACACCAGUUUAA